AUGGCCACCGCAAUCCAAAUGCCUCCCCUGAAGGGGGAUAUUUUGGUCAAUGGAAACCACUUUAUGAUCGGAUUUUUUGUGUGCUGCGGCCUAUACAUCCUGUCCCACUCUCCAAUCCUUGUGGAGAUAUUCCGCAAGGCACCUAGUGCCCCGGUCACAAACUACUACCUUUGCAACCAGGGUUGCAAGUGCGUUGGCUCUGCCAACAACACUGGUCCCACCGAUCCUCCUCCCUCCAAUCCUCCUUCCUCCACCACUGCCGCCAACAAUCCCGCCAACAAUCCCGCCACUGAGCAUGCCACGAAGGCCCGGGCCGGGCCGAAAGAGGCAACGAGCCCGGCCCCGGACAAACGAGUUUCUACGGCCAGCAAGUCCAGCUCAAGCAGCGGCGGUGGGUUUCGGCACACCGUAAGAACCACUGCGAGGCUCCAGUCCCCCCCCGGCCUUCGACACCGGCCUGGGCACAGCCCAGCCGGCCGUGAUUCGGCCCCCGAUGAUGGUUGGGACGGCCAGAAAGGGGCGAUUCUGCCCGUUUGA